GCGUGCGUUUUGUAAGGUGGUAUUCAUAGUUUCCUGUUCUUGUUCCUGUGUUGUAACGUUCUACUUACUGAAGCAAGAUGACUGGUCGCGGUAAAGGAGGUAAAGGUUUGGGCAAAGGAGGCGCCAAACGUCAUCGUAAAGUGUUGCGUGAUAACAUCCAAGGUAUCACCAAACCUGCUAUCCGAAGAUUGGCCAGACGUGGAGGUGUCAAACGUAUUUCCGGUUUGAUCUACGAAGAAACCCGAGGCGUUCUGAAAGUGUUUUUGGAAAACGUCAUCCGUGAUGCUGUCACCUACACCGAACACGCUAAGAGGAAAACCGUCACCGCCAUGGAUGUUGUCUACGCGUUGAAACGUCAAGGCAGAACCCUGUACGGUUUCGGAGGUUAAGAUAGCGUUCGACCAGCUAAAACCCCAUGUUCUUUUGAAAUCUCCGUUAAUUAAAACGGCCCUUCUCAGGGCCACCAAAAUAAUUUCUUCUCAAUAUUUGAUGAUACACUGUGUUGUUAUUUCAAUUACAUUACGUUACAAUAUUAUGUAAUGUUAGCUUGGUAUGAUGAUAUUGAUAUUUAGUGGUGUGGGUUUCAGGUAGUUUUUUCCUCCGGAGGAAAAAAACCUCCUGAAAAAAACAACCGGAGAUUUUGAAAAACUACCGGAGGAACUAUCGGUUAUAACCGGUAGUUUUUCACAGCUUUUAAAACGCAUAAAGUGAAUGUUGAAUUAUAUAUUUUUGGAACAGAAUAAUUAACGAUGUUAUUUAAUCGUGUAAAAUAACGCAAAAGUAGCCUAAAAUGUCUAAAAAAGUUAGCCAAAUUAAUCUUGGCUCAUUUUUUUCGAGAAUUUAGGCACUUUUACGUUCAUUUUUGGUAAAAUUUGAUGAAAAUAGUACAACCGGUAGGUAGUUUUUUCCUCCGGUAGUUUCGGUACUACCUAACAAAUUAAAGCGGUAGGAGGUUUUCGGUAGUUUUUGGGAAAACUACCGGUUAUUCUCCGGUAGUUUUUCCUCCGCCCACACCACUAAUGAUAUUCCAUUAUUCAUCAUUUUCUUCUGAAAAAGGUAAAAGUUUUAUAUUUGUGCAUACUAUUAUGAUUAAACCUUGCAAAGAUCA